UUCCUGCAGUUUGAUUUGCUUCCCUAAUUGACCUAAAUAAAGCUCCUGACUGACAAGGCACUUCUAGGGCCCCCAGGCACACACACUACUAAGCAGAGAAGUGAACUGAUCGCCAGUAAUUCUCCUUAUUUUCCUUGAAUAAUCCUAUUUGCUGAUUGUGCUCGUCCAAUUGGAGAAUUACAACUUUUCUUCUGCAGAACGUUUAACUUGCUUGACAUUUUUAUUUGUUAUCUGCGCCCAUAGAUUUGCUACGCUCCAUAGACACCAGGCGCCCUCCUCACUCUGGCUAUGUGAAAUGAUUGCACUGGGAGCGCAGCAUCCAUUUGCCUUGCGCUUAGUCCGGGCUGGCGACCAGUGAGCAGCACGGCCAGUGAGCUACACAACUAGCUGCCUCGUCAUUUUCCUCCAUCUGUGACUCUAGACCAGGGGGAUCACAAUGCCUGAUGACUCUACCGAGAACCAGAGCGCUACCUCGGCAAGAGUCUCUUCCUUUUUCAUCGAGAAUUUAUUGGGAACCGAAUCCAAGGAAGAGAAGAAGCGCCCGAGCCCAGAUGAUGAGCAGAGGGGGCCUGUUGGUAGCCAUUGUAAUUCAAUGUGCUGUCAGCUCUCCCCAUACAGCAGCUAUCCACUUAGGGAGAAUACUGCCAUGGAGUGGUAUAGGAGAGCACAAGCCACUUACAUAGGAUGCACUAGCCCGGAAACGAGUGAUCGAGAUACUCCUGACAUUUCAGAGGCAUUUGACAAGCAGCACAGGGGCUAUAGACAACACAGUGAGGGGUCUGAGGACAGGAGAGAUGACUUUCAGUGUAAGGAAGAGGAAAAAGCUGAUGAAGACUCUCCAGACCAAAGGACCUCUAGAAAGAAGAAGACUCGCACAGUGUUCAGUAGGAGUCAGGUCUUCCAGCUGGAGUCUACAUUUGACAUGAAGAGGUAUCUCAGUAGCUCUGAAAGAGCAGGUUUAGCAGCUUCUCUUCACCUUACAGAGACUCAAGUUAAAAUCUGGUUCCAGAAUCGAAGGAACAAAUGGAAAAGACAACUGGCUGCAGACUUAGAAGCAGCCAACAUGUCCCACACAACCCAAAGGAUAGUAAGGGUUCCAAUAUUAUACCAUGAGAACUCACCAGCCAGCUCCAUAGGAUUCAGCCUUCCCCAUAUCUCUCCUCCCUUAGUGGGAUUCUCCAAUGCAGUCAACUAUUCUCUGGCCAACUUCCCCAAUUCAGUUCCAUUUAUAAGAUCGCAGAUGACUGGACUUGUUUGAAACCUAUAAAGCUCAUGGACUUUUUAAAUGCUUAUUUUUUAUUAACUACAAAUAUCGCUUCUUAUACUUGAUUUAUGCAUUUGAAUUUAAGACGUGCAAUAACUUCUUAUCGGUGCAUAAUGCAACAAUAUCACCAUUAAACUUUUUUUUUUAUUCCAGUGAAACUUUUGUGGUGUUAUUGGAGUAUAUUCUAUUCCAUCAUUAGCUACUGAGUUUUCCAUACAAAAAGUCUAUUGACGCUGGAGAUUUAUUUCUAUAUAGAUAGGGGGAACUAAUCAAUAUAGCAUGUGAAGAAUGUAAAGGUGCAGGUAUCACAAUCUAAGUGGACUAUUAAAAAAAAUAAAAAAUAUCUGAUUCACUUUCAUAUAUAUAUAUUUUCCAGACAAUACUGAGCUUUGGGUAAGAAGUAACUCUAUGGAAAGUAAUAUUUAGCUUAUGUUGUACUGUUUCAUUUUUGUUGUUGUAGAGCAACAAAAUUAUUUCCGGGAAAAAAUAUAUUUGACAUUUUUUUUUAAACUAAGGAUGUGUCACAUACACACAUAUACAGUCACGCACAAACAUAUACAGCACACAAACACAGUCACACACACACAAAAACACACAGUCACAUACACACAUAAACGGUCACACACAAACAUAUACAGCACACAUACACAGUCACACACACAUACACAAACACACACAGUCACAUACACACAUACACAGUCACACACAAACAUUUACAGCACACAUACACAGUCACACACACCCACACAAAUACACAAACACACACAGUCACAUAUACACAUACAAUGUCACACACAAUCAUAUACAGCAUACAUACACUGUCACACACACACGCAAAAACACACAACUAAACACAGUCACAAACAUACAUAUACAGUUACAAAUACACAUACACAGUCACAAACAUAAUACACAUACACAGUGACACACACUUAACAACACACUCAUAAACACAAACAUAAACACAUAUACAGUCUCACACACAUACACAUACACAGUAACACACAUACAUACAAAUACACAGUCACACACACACUCACAUAAACAGUCACAAUCAUACACAUAAACAGUCACACAUACAUACACAGUCACACACACACAUACAGACACAUGUGCGGGCACACACACACACACACACACACACACACACAAACACACACCUAAACACAAACAUACACACAUAUAAACAGUCACACACACACACAGUCAAACACACAAUCACAAAUAUAUACACAAACAUACACAGUCACACACACACACAUACACAGUCGCACACGAACACACAAACACAUACAUAUAUACAAACACACACACAAACACAUACAUAUACACAGACACACACAUACACAGUCACACACACACACAUCUACACAGUCACACACAAACACAUACAUAUACACAAACACGCGCACACACAUACACAGUCACACACAGUCACACACACACAUACAUAUACACAGAUAGACACAUAUACAGUCAUGCAUAUACACAAAUACACGCACAUACACAGUCACACACACAGUUACACACUCAUUCAAACACAUACACACAACACACAUACAGACAACACACAUAGAUACUUAUUUUUGUAUUUUAAGAUAUUUUCGAUUUUAGAAUGUUGCAAAAAUGUUAUAUUUUACUCUAGACAACCUGCUCCAUCUUCAUGAAACCAAAUUAAAAACAAUGGAAAUGAAAGCUUUAAAACUUUUUCCAGCUUCAUCAACUCUUAAAGGGUUAACUUUGUUUAUUCCACUGAGAAGACGCAUUAAAGCUUGGGCGUUGUCAUAUUUCCUCCACGUGCCUUUUGUGAUACCUGUAUGAAAAUGGGUAAAUUAAAUGAUUCAACUACUGAUGAUGAUGUUGUUUUCGAAAUAUCCACAUUUUAUAUAUCAGAUUUAAACGAUUAAAUACUAUAAAGGGAUUUUUGAUGCAAUAA